AUGACAAGCGCCGUGGCUGCCAUGCACUUCGAUCCUUCCUUCAACAUGGCAAACCGGUCAACGUUUGCUUGGCCAGUACUCGAGAAUAGCGAGCCGAGCCCUUCAUUCCUCGGUCACAACCUCGCUCUGGGGCCGAUUUCCGACCCCAGCCUUAGCCCACCCAUGACAUCGAGAUCGGUCACCUCCAGCCCGCCACGAGGAUCCAUGACGCCUGAGCAGCGCGAGCUGAAGAGACAACGGGACCUCGCUCGCCGCGAUUCCAAGACGUCCGCGCGCGCACGACGGGCCGGUAGCAGCUCCUACAUGAGCUCGCCACCUCUGUCCAUGCCCGACGUUUCCACAGCCAUGGGUAUGCCCAUCUACACCACAGCCCCCGCACCGAUCUCUCUUCUAGCCGAGCCGACGACAACAAUGCCAAACUCUUCCUACCUCUCCGCCUACAGCCCACCUUUGACCGACCAGACCUAUUCCUCCAGCUACCAGUCCAUAUCCUCCAACUACGGUCUAGGUGUUGACUACACAGCUUCCUUCCAGCCUGCGCCACAAUAUGCCACCCGCCCGCCGCCCAUGUCGUUAGGCACUUCGCCAGACCCGUCGUUGAUGUACGGAUUGCCAUCCACAAUGGCCGCUGGAGGCGCAGCAAGCGACCACAGCCAUGUCCGUGUGGUACAGAGCAGGCCCAAGCCUCAAUGUUGGGAGCACGGCUGCAACGGCCGCCAGUUCUCGACCUUUAGCAACCUCCUUCGCCACCAACGAGAGAAGUCCGGCCAGGCCAGCAAGGCGUCAUGCCCCAACUGCGGUGCCGAGUUCACCAGGACGACAGCACGAAACGGACACCUGCUGCACGACAAGUGCAAGCAGCGCCGCAACACGUAG